AUGUCAAGCGUCUUUUCCGCCCUUGCACAGAGGCUGAACGUUGGCUCUCCCAAGUUGCUGCGGCCCCGCACUAGUCGAAACACUUCGUCACCGGGUCCGACCACGUCCGAAGAUCACACUGGCGAUCUACCUCGGACCUUCGAGGAAUGCGCCGAACGCUUCGCAUUCAUCGUUCGCCGUCGCACCGAUCCAGAUUCUAUUCGCGAAGAUACCGCUUCACCCCGCACUUCCAAUGGUGAUGUUUUCGAUCCUUUCGCCCCUAGAGCACCUUCGAUCUUCUACAGCGACGAGGGGAACCCCUCUUUCGAACCAUAUACCUCCUCUCCGCCCAAGAUAUCUGUAACCGGCCGCGCCGACACUCGAGCCCGGUGUCCAUUGAACGAUCUGUCCGCAUACUUCUAUGGCCCGAACGUCGACAAGUCCUCGAAGCCACCCAAAUCCCGCCUCCACAUUUGGGCCUCCGGCAUCGACCUUCCCUCGCCCACCACCAGCACCGACGCAGACUCGUUUGGCAAACGCAAUAGCAAGAACGGUAAACCCGGGCUCCGUCCUCUGAUUCUCCCCAGCCACGUUGCACGCCGCGAAAUCGCAGAAGCGCAGCACGAGUCGAUCGUCUCACCCACGAGCCUCAAGUUCCGUCCUCUUGUCCUACCGCAGCGACUCGCCUACCGCCGCGGCCGCCCGUCGCGUCCCCGCUCACAUCGACAUCUGCAUCCUACCGGAGUGUCAGCGUUUGGGUCAAUCGUGACAGACGGAUCCAAGAUUGUCAAUGGGCGGCCGAUGAUCAACAGUCUCAGGGCUCAGGCUUUGGGAUCGUCGAGCGAUAACGACGAGUCUCCAUCUGCGUCUGAGCUCGGAUCGGAGCAUGCGCGGAUAGUCUCGCGCAGGCACGUUUCCGAACCUUGUUUGCGGCGUGACGAUGGCGAUGGGAACGUGGUUGCGGCGCCGCAGCACGCAGUGUCUUCGCAGCUGCCAAAGAGUGCGCAACCACAAGCUAUUUCAUCGCCUCAGAGACACCAGCACGCUCAGGGAGAAGGGGCCUAUCUUUUUGGCCAAGGACCAGUGCAGCUUCCACAAGAUAAGCAAGAGGCCUUGCGCGAAGCGCCACUUGGGAAACCUCUCCCGGAAGUCCGGCAGGACUGCUCGAAAUUGAAGGGGCUCAUUUCGCUGCUCCAUCAGGACGGAGUUAUCGCCGGUACAACGCUGUCCCUCGAUGCUCUCGCCGUGGCGUGUCGUGCUGGUCUCGGUUCUGGCGAAUCUUGUGACGCUCAAGCUAGCUGCUCUUCUGCUCCUCCUGUGCUGCGUAUGAAGGGCUCCACCUCGACGGAUCUUCGUCGCUCGCUGCUGGAGGCGAUGAACGACACAUGUGCGAGCUCUCCGUCUAUGUGGAGCAUCGCCACGACUCAUGCAGAGUCGGUCGUGUGGGCUUAUGCACUGUGA